GUCAGACCCUGUGGGCCUCUGAUCUCAUUUGGGCCCCUAGGCUAUAGCCUGUGAAUUAAUCCGUCCCUGCAUUCUCCUAAAACAUUAUGACACUGUGAUGUCAACAGCCCUGCAACAUGUAUUUAGUAUCUUGAGUUUUCAAAUGAUCUGGUAUCCCUAUCAUGAAAUGUAGACAAAAAAAGAUCAAGAUAAAUUGCAAAGACGCUCAUAAGAAGAGAACUCUGCGCAAUCUUAAAUUCAUUUGGAGGGUUUACAUUUCCAUUAACACACACUGGCAGUGGCUCAGAUUAGAGUGGUGCCCACAGAUCACCCAAUGGCCCAGCUCUUCUGUAAUGAGAUGAUGGAAGGAUGAUGGAAGGGCUGCUAGACUGGGGGAAGCCUUUUUUCAGCCCCAUGCUUCUCUGGCUCCUGCAGUGAUUUGCAGUCAAUCAAUUGCAUGGGGGUGGGGAGAGGGAAGUAAAUAUAUUGCUGCACUGGCUCCUGCUGAAUCACUGGGCUGCCACUGACACCUACUGGCGCAAACCGGGAUACAAAUUGGCAUAAAGACGAAAAACACACGAAUAGAUUAUUGGUAUUUCUGUCAAAGUCCAUUGUUGGAUGUGUUAAUGCUGCUGCUAAUACGGACAUUCGUCCCAAUAGUUAGUUGUGCCAAUUCAAUUGUUCGCCUCUCCUCCAGUCGGACUGCAGAACACUAGGUCUAAGCACUCGCUGUCUCUUCCCCAUAUCGGAACUUUACUGCUGCCGCCUAGCAGCCAAGCAAUAGUAUUCACAGUCACUAACUGAGGUCCCAGUAAGUUCUACUUCCGUCUAUAGAUUACCGGAAGUAGACUUGUCUGGGGGUCUCCUGGUUUCCAUAGGAACGGAACGCUCAAGCCUGGAUGCCGGAAGUGCAGCCCCGCUGUGCAUAUUGGGAUAUGGCUGCUUCCUCCGUGGGGCCACGUCUUCUCCUCCUGGGACUGUGGCUCUCCGUUUUAUCCCAGGCUUGCGGGAAUGAGGGGGAGUUCAGCCCGGGACACUCGGCCUCUUCUCUGCCAGUUGGAAGUGCUGCAUCUGAACGGAGGUAUUUGCUGUAUGACGUCAACCCCCCCGAGGGGUUUAAUCUGCGCAGAGAUGUGUAUAUCCGGGUUGCCUCUCUCCUGAAAACCUUACUGAAGAAUUCCAAUUGGGUUCUAGUUCUGCCUCCAUGGGGUCGACUUUACCACUGGCAGAGUCCAGACAUCCACCAAGUCCGAAUCCCCUGGGUGGAAUUCUUUGACCUGGAAAGUCUUUAUCAGAAUAUUCCUGUCAUUGAGUAUGAAGAUUUUCUUGCGGAAUCUGGAGGACCCUUUAUUGAGCAAGUGUAUGUUCUUCAAGGUUAUGCAGAAGGCUGGAAGGAAGGCACAUGGGAGGAGAAGGUAGACCAGAGGCCUUGUAUUGACCAGCUCAUGUACUCUGAAGAUAAGAAUGGAUAUUACAGAGGCUGGUUUUGGGGCUAUGAGGAGACUAGAGGCCUAAAUGUCACCUGUUUAUCAGUACAGGGUUCAGCAUCUAUUAUGUCUCCAGUCCUACUCAAAAAUACUACAGCAAGGUCUAUAAUGCUAGACAGAGCAGAAAACCUUCUGCAUGAUCAUUAUGGAGGCAAAAAUUACUGGGAUACACGACGCAGCAUGGUGUUUGCCAAACAUCUGCGAGUAGUUGGGGAUGAAUUCCGGGCCAAUGUUUUGCACUCUACUGACGAAUCAGACAAGACUAUAUUCCAUGAGGACUGGACAAAAGUCAAGGCAAAACCAGAUUGGGCAUUAGGAGGACCUUAUCUUGCUGUGCACCUACGUCGAAAAGAUUUCAUUUGGGGACACAGAGAGGAUGUGCCUAGUCUGCAGAGAGCAGCAGAGGAAAUUCACAGUCUAAUGAAGAAACUGAAACUCAAGAAAGUGUUUGUUGCCACAGAUGCUGACAGAGAAGAUCUGGAAGCCCUUCGGAAAUUGAUUCCUGAAAUGGUGCGGUUUGAGCCAACCUGGGAAGAGCUAGAGUUGUACAAGGACGGAGGUGUGGCUAUUAUAGACCAAUGGAUCUGUGCGCAUGCCAGAUAUUUCAUUGGCACCUCUGUCUCCACAUUCUCAUUCCGCAUUCAUGAGGAGAGAGAGAUUCUCAGCUUCAACCCAAAAACAACUUACAAUCGCUUCUGUGGGGACAAAGAAAAGGACUGUGAGCAGCCCACCCACUGGAAGAUUGUGUACUGAGAUGGAACAGUGUCUGAUAUGGUUAUUCACACAGGAAACAGUUUAUGACUAUACCUAGAAGACCAACCAAACAAGAGCAAAUCAUUUGCAGUUCAUUUAGAACAGUGAUCCCCAACCAGUACCUCGUGAGCAACAUGUUGCACUCCAAUCCCUUGGAUGUUGCUCCCAGUGGCUUCAAACCAGGUGCUAAUUUUUGAUUUUUUUAAUUCCGGCCUUGGAGGC